AUGUCGACCACACAGCAAGCCGCUCCGACCAGUGCCCACCAUGUCGCGAUCCCGACUGUGACAACCACUGAGCCGUCGGACAGCGAGCGAACGGCCGCGUCCGAAGCCCAGUCCGCUGCCACUCACCACGAUUCGGCUGCGGGCACGGAGCGCACGAGCGCGCUCCAUGGCUACGGUUCGACGAGCAAGAUGGUGACGUUGCCGUCCGAUUCGACCCCGACGGACCGAUCCGAUACCAACGACGAUACCACGCCGCCGUCGGACCAGCCCUUCUCGCGUCGCAGCACGCGAGCGUCGGCCGGCGCAACCGCUGCCGCGGGCGAGGGGGCCUUUGAGAAGUUGCCGCUCAAGAAGCGACUGACCGAUUUGCUGAUCGCCGAGCGAAAGAUCUCGCGAGAACCGACCUUGAAGGAAUCGUUGUGGGCCAUCAUCACCGCGACCUGGCUCAAUGUCUUGCUCGUAUUCAUUCCCGUCAGUGCCAUCUCCUUUCUUUGAUUCUUUGAGUCACUCGGAGGUGCUGCCACUACUAGCUCGUGGUGCCGCGAUACUGGGGGUGGGGCUUCUGUCGAGAGCCCGACGCAGGUACAUUGGCGGCACCAAGGGCAGUCAGGACCGCCGACCGGUUGUCAAUGCGGGUUGGGACGACUGCCCGAAGCUGACGGCGAGCGUCAACAAUCCUCUGUAUUCUUCAGGUCGGAUGGGCGCUUCAUUUCGCCAAGGUCAACGACACGAUCAUCUUCAUCUUCACCUUCUUGUCGAUCAUCCCUCUGGCCAAGAUGCUGGGCACCGGCACCGAAGAGCUCGCUCUGCGGGUCGGCCAGACGCUGGGUGGGUUGCUCAACGCCACGCUUGGUAACGCGGUGGAAGUGAGUCUCAGUAUCUCGGCUGCAUACCUGCGCCUGCGAUCCUGCAGUGAUGGCUCGGGGCGGAAUCUGACUACCCCGCCGUGCCCCAUGCCCAUCCGCAGUUGAUCAUCGCCAUCAUUGCGCUCGUCAAAUGCGAGAUCCGCGUAGUACAAUCGUCUCUGCUGGGUUCGAUCCUGUCCAACCUCCUCCUGGUGAUGGGGAUGUAAGUUCGAGGUUGCCUUGUGAGCUUCGAAUCCGAGCUGAUGCAGCGCCGCCUCGAGCACCCUCGGCUUCACAUCGAUCGGGCAGGUGCUUCUUCCUCGGUGGCCUGCGCUACAGCGAACAGGCGUUUGGGGGUGCCGCGGCCCAGCUCAACAGCUCGUUACUCGUCAUUUCCGUCAUCGCCAUUCUGGUUCCAGUCAGUUUUCUGUCGUCGUGCUGCGACACUCGCUGAGGGCAAAAGCUGGUCAAUAACCUGACGCGUCUUUCUUGUCGGACCCUUUCGACGAACAGGCCGGAUAUUCCGCGGCCUUCCGCGACACCAACUCGGAUUCGUUCGAAAAGAGUUCCAUCCUGUCUAUGUCACGAGGAACCUCAAUCUUGCUCUUACUCACUUGUAAGCACUGACACCAGAGAAUCGCAAUUGAGCAGUCGACUGACUAAGAACCUGUACUUGGGGACAACAGACGGCGCCUACCUCAGCUUCCAACUCUUCACACAUCCGCACCUGUACGUUGAGGCCGCACAACAAGACAACGGUGAGGAUUUCACCAAAAAGCUCAAGCUGGGGAGAAAGGAAAAGACGGCGUUCAAGCCCGCCAAGUCGGUCCGCAAGCCUCGCCAGGCCCUCGUCGACCCCGAGGAAGGCGCAGUGCAAGACGACGACGACGAGGAAGUGCCCACGCUGACGCUCUGGGCGGCCGUCGGUCUACUUGUCGUCGCCACGGUGCUCAUUGCGAUCACGGCCGAGUUCUUGGUCAGGUGAGGGAGAGCGCCUCCGUCGUAGCGACGCGGCACCCAAACUUAUGCGCGGUGACUGCUGCGCAGCUCGAUCAACGGUUUGACAGAGCAGCACCCCGAGAUCAGUGUGGAAUGGGUGGGAUUGAUCCUGCUCCCCAUCGUCGGGUAAGUCGAUCGUGCCCUGACUUGCCGUACGAUUCAGCUAUACGAAACUAACAUUACGUGCGCUUGACUUGCAGCAACGCUGCCGAGCAUCUGACGGCUGUCGCAAGUGGUCUCCACGACAAGCUCGAUCUCGCGUUGGGCGUCGCCGUGGGCUCCUCAAUCCAGAUCGCCCUUUUUGUCAUACCCUUCAUGGUCACGCUCGGCUGGAUACUCAACAAGCCGCUCUCGCUCUUGUUCGACCCGUUCGAGUCGAUCGUCCUCUUCCUCUCGGUCCUCAUCGCGAACUACACCCUGCAAGACGGUCGAUCCAACUGGAUGGAAGGAUGGUUGGUGCGUCGGGACAUGUCUCGGGCUCGUACGAUGCAUGCAUCUGACCCGUUUCUCCCUUGACCCGUUUCCCCCUUUGUACUGCCGACUUUACCCUCUAGCUCAUGAUGGUAUAUGUCAUCAUCGCGGUCAGCUUGUAAGUAAAUGGCCUAACGAGUGUCGAUGUCUGGACUGCAAUGGCUGACUGCUCUCCCAACUCUUGUCCGCACAGGUGUAAGCCCUCGAACGAGAGCGCUAGACCUGGAGGGCUGACCACGAGAGCUCAAAGCUGACAGACAAUUUGUUCGUUUGCUGCUCGUUCAGGGUACUAUCCCUCUGGCACUACGCCCGAAGCGGCGCUCUUCACCUGCUGAGUCGUGCACGACGACAGUUUCGAUAUCCUUCCUCUUCGUUCCUUCCAACCCCAUUUUUGAUCUGGGCCGUGAUCAUUCCACACUCAUCGAGCACAUCUAUCACUCGUUGGUCAACACUGUACCACUAUAUUGUAAACGCGAUCGCCUUUGGCUUGGCAUUUUUCAUUCUCGGUGGUGUUCUCUACUUUAUUCGACACGGCUUGCAGUGCUUCGCCGAUGAAUCUGCCCACAAUCGGGCAUGUACUUGUCGUGCCGGGGUGCUGUGCUGA